GAACUAUCUGUUGUCCUGUUCUGAGGAUGGUACCGUCAGAUUGUGGAGUCUCCAAACAUUCACGUGUUUGGUGGGAUACAAAGGACACAACUAUCCAGUCUGGGAUACACAGUUCUCUCCUUACGGUUAUUACUUUGUGUCAGGUGGACACGACAGAGUGGCUCGACUGUGGGCAACAGACCACUACCAGCCUUUACGGAUAUUUGCUGGCCAUCUUGCUGAUGUGACGUGUACUCGGUUUCAUCCGAACUCCAACUAUAUUGCCACCGGCUCGGCAGACAGGACUAUAAGGCUCUGGGAUGUUUUGAAUGGGAAUUGUGUGAGAAUAUUCACUGGACAUAAGGGACCAAUUCAUUCAUUGGCCUUUUCUCCUAAUGGACGAUUCCUGGCUACUGGAGCUACAGAUGGAAGAGUUCUGCUGUGGGAUAUUGGACAUGGCUUGAUGGUUGGAGAACUGAAAGGGCACACUGACACUAUCUAUGCACUCAGAUUCAGUAGAGAUGGGGAGAUUUUAGCAUCAGGUUCAAUGGAUAACACAGUUCGUCUAUGGGAUGCUGUGAAGGCAUUUGAAGAUUUAGAAACCGAUGACUUUACUACAGCCACUGGACAUAUAAACCUGCCUGAAAACUCACAGGACUUGCUGUUGGGUACAUACAUGACCAAAUCGACCCCAGUUGUACAUCUCCAUUUCACACGCAGAAACUUGCUGCUGGCUGCAGGGGCCUACAGUUCACAGUGAAUCGGGACGUGCAGGAGUGACUGGGGCAAGUCAUUGCAGUGGUGACUUCAGAAUGUGGGACGAGGAGGAAUGGCUCGUACAGGUGGAUCCCACUAGUCC